GAUGUGUCAAAACUUAUGGUGUGAUUCGCUAUUAUAAUAAACAUUGAAAAAAACAAAUACCACAAAUUACUAGCAUGUUAAUAUACUGCUUAUCAAUGCAUUUUUUAUAACGAAGAGCAUGCAGCUACUUGCACGCUAUCUUUGUUGAGAAAGAGGAAAAUAUCGCAUUCGGACUUUUCAAUAAACCGCAUACAUACAUCUUCUGCUGUCAUUUUUGAUAAUGACGUAUCAUUUGCAAUUUCAGAAACAAUAUUCGUUCUUUUGUUUAUAUUUUACGUAGAAAUCUAGCAAAUAUGCAAAGUGCACUGACCCAAGACGCGAACCGUGGUAGUCAUUGACCGUAUCUACACACGAUGAUACGAUUCAUUGUUUACAUCCAAUUUUAAAUCUCGAACUGUCAAGGUGAAGCGCGCCCUUAACACUCCGUCUCAGUGCACCACAGACUGUCAUCGAUCGAGUGAAUAUUAAAGUAUUCUACAUUCUAAAUUGCCAUUAAGUCAAGUGCUUUGAAUCAAUCAAACGCAGUGUUGUUGUUAAAAAUAUAAUUUGUCAGAGUUUUAUUGUACGAAAAUGCCGAAGGUGGGUCAGACUACAUCGGAAAUGAACAGAUGCGAACAAAAACUUUUGUUCUCAAACAAAGAAGCGUCUGCCAGUGAACACAGCAUUUCAAGUAUAGUCUCAAGUAUUUCUAUUUCUCAAGAUGAAAACUUUCGUGUAUCAAAACAUGCGGAAAAUAGUCUCAGAGUUAUGGAAAAAUAUUUGCAUAAACAACAAUUUACAGAUGUCACAUUAAUUGCAGGGAACAAACGUUUCCCAGCACAUCGUUUAGUUCUUAGUGCAGGUUCAGAAUAUUUCGCUGCCAUGUUUACUAGUUCUCUCAGAGAAUCGGGUCAAAACGAAGUUGAAUUGAUGGAAGUAGAUGGGGAUGCAUUAUGGGCUUUGAUCUGUUAUUGUUACACAGGUUGUAUAGAAAUAAGAGAAGAUAGUGUAGAAACUCUUUUAGCAACGGCACGUCUGCUACAGCUCAAUCCAGUCGUUAAAGCCUGUUGUCAAUUUCUUAGGAACCAACUCCAUCCAAGUAAUUGUUUAGGAAUAAGAGUAUUUGCAGAUACACAAGGUUGUCCAGAUUUACUAGAUUAUGCACAUGCAUAUACAACUAAGCACUUUAUGGAUGUUACAAAAAAUCAAGAGUUUUUAUUAUUAUCUGCUAAUGAAGUUGCCAAAUUGUUAGAAUCAGAAGAUCUGAAUGUCCCUUCUGAAGAAACAAUUUUUCAUGCACUUAUGACUUGGUUGGAAUAUGAUCCGGAAAAUAGACAGAAAGAAGCAAGCAGACUAUUAAGUCUUGUAAAGCUACCUCUCUUGUCCCCUGCAUUCAUAGCAGACAACAUUGAGAGCAAUGAAAUGUUCAAAGAUCAAAAAGUAGCACAAGAAUUAGUCAUGGAAGCAUUGAAAUACCAUCUUCUGCCUGAACGUAGACCAUUACUUCAAUCGGGACGUACAAAGCCUAGGAAAGCAACUGUGGGUCACAUGCUGGCUGUUGGAGGAAUGGAUGCUAAUAAGGGUGCUACUUCUAUAGAUGCAUUUUCUUUGCGCGACAAUGCUUGGAAACCAAUAGCUACUAUGAGUGGUAGAAGACUUCAAUUUGGUGCUGCUAUUGUGGACAAGAAAUUAAUUGUUGCGGGCGGGAGGGAUGGAUUAAAAACAUUGAAUACUGUGGAAUGCUUUGACUUUUCCACUUUCACAUGGAAUACAUUAUCUUCUAUGAAUGUACAUCGUCAUGGAUUAGGUGUAGCCGUAUUAGGUGGUCCUUUGUAUGCUGUUGGUGGUCAUGAUGGUUGGAGUUUUCUUGAUACAGUAGAAAGAUGGGAUCCAUCCAGACGACAGUGGAAUUCAGUUGCUUCUAUGUCAAUACAAAGAUCAACAGUUGGUGUGGCUGUAUUAAACGAUAAAUUAUAUGCUGUGGGUGGAAGAGAUAUAAGUUCGUGUUUAAGCACUGUAGAAUGUUAUGAUCCACAUACAAAUAAAUGGAUUCCUUGUGCACCAAUGUCAAAACGGAGAGGUGGAGUAGGAGUGGGAGUAGUAAAUGGAUGUUUAUAUGCAUUAGGUGGCCAUGAUGCACCUCCCACUAAUCCUAAUGCCAGCAGAUUUAAUUGCGUUGAAAGGUACGACCCUAAAUCGAAUACAUGGACAAUGGUAGCUCCAAUGAGUAUCCCAAGGGACGCAAUUGGUGUUUGUGUACUUGGCGAUAGGCUUAUGGCAGUGGGAGGCUAUGAUGGCCAACAAUAUCUUACCCUUGUUGAAGCAUAUGACCCACAUCGUAAUGAAUGGGAGCCUGUUGCUCCUUUAAAAGCUGGUCGAGCAGGUCCACCAUGUGUUGUUGUAAAGAAUUUACCUGGUUUUGAAUUUAUUUUUUACAUCGAAAAUUGAGUUCUAUCAAUUUGUGAUUUGAAGACAGCAAUAUUUCAUAUUUAAAUGUAUGUUACUUCACAUAUCUAAUGUGUGUAUUAAGUUCGUGUGUACUGCCGUAAAUUUGUAUAUAUUUAUAUUUACACUUUUUGUAUGACAACAUUGAGCAAGGUAUUAUGCAUCUGAGAAUGAGGCAACUGUAGAGUAAUAUGCUAGUCUUAAGAACUUUUUAAUAAAAGCUUUUUAUUAUA